CCCUUCUCGCAUUUGCCAAACAUAGUCAGUGUUGUUUUCGCUUGCGCUUGUAAAUUAUCAUCCAGGUUUAAGCUCACCUUCAUGGCACUUACUACGAUCAAUUAUUUUGGAAAGAGCUUUUUACAUUUUAUGUAAUUGGUUCAUGUUCUUUUCUUGACGAUGAGACUUUCUGUAGUUUUGGUGUUUGCGAUUUUUAGUGCGCUUGUCGGGGCGAAUUUGGAUAAACAUAGUGACGAAUCAUGCCAUGAGUGUAACAAAGAGUCUUUGAAACAUCCAAGCUGCAUGCAGAAACAAUGCGACUGCAAAAAACCGCCUCAUAAAAAAGAUAAAGUUACUUUAAAUUCGGAUUUAAGCGAUAGUAAUAUUACCGAUGUGGAAAAAGCUUCAUCAUCUAUCAUUCGCAUCAAUGCAACAACCCUGUACCAAUCAUUCGUAAAUGCUCCAAGGUUGCACUGUCUGGAAACUGACUUUUUAAUUCUAUUUUGGCCUCUUCCAGAACAAGUAGACUACUAUUACGUACGAUAUGUAAGCGUCGGAAUGAGUACAAUAAUUAGGGAAACUCCUAUGACAAGAUGUAGAUAUAUAGCUCUCAAGGAUCUAGAACCGGACACAAUAUAUAGUAUAGAACUUCAAGGAUUUAUUUUUAAACCAAAACGACAAACUCAACGUGUACGAAGCCAUCCCAUCUUAAUAAGUACUAGAAAGGAACAUGUAACUGUAGGACGUAUUAAUCAUUUUUGGCUCAGCAAAUUUGAGUUUAAAGAAAAAAAAUAUUCCGCUAAUGUGCAGUGGGAUGGAGGAAGAGAUCCUCCUUGUUUUUAUAAGUUAACUUACUUCACACCUGCGGGAGAUUAUGAGGAAAUCAACAUUGAUCCAUUCGAACUGGAUUACACUUGGACUAUACCAAAUCUUAAAGUUGGAUCAAAUUAUCAAAUAGCAUUAACACCGUAUACAUCUCCCGAUGAUGAAUUAGAAGGUCCAAAAACGUGGUUAAACAUCACUACACCCACGUGUAUUGAAACUUUUCAUAGUACCAAAAAGUGCGUUCCUGAUGAUCCAGAAGAUGUGAUGGUUGAAGAAAACGUUUUGAAAAAUGUAAGAUCUGUUAUCCAUUUCAACGUUAGUGUUAAAUGGAAAAAACCAAAGUACCCACCGUCUAGUUAUAGUAUCUGCAUUUUAUUAGUUGAUAGCGAUACUCCUUACAAAUUGAUGUCACGUAAUAUUUCAGGGGAUCACACCAAUUUUACAUUUUUGGAUAUAGUACUCCCUUCGAUCUAUGGAGUAUCCCUGGUAGCUUAUUCUGAAGGUGGUGCCAGUAAACCUGCUUAUAUCGAGCGACAUACGAUUGUAAAAAUAAACGAAAGUGAGCAAGUUAUUGAUCGUCCUCCUCCAAAAGUAUCAAACAAUCUCACAGUUAUUAUUGCUCCAGUAGCUGCAUUAAUUGUUUUACUUAUGAUAACUGCGACUAUCUUCAUUAUUUUAAGGAUAAAGAAAAAGGAAAAAAGCUUCGAGGACAGCAAUAAUAAAUUUAUACCACACAAUCUAAACACAGCUAUAAUCAUCCCCAUGAAAGCAGACGAAUGGGAAAUUGAUGUGAACAAGCUGACAAUAAAAGAAGUUUUAGGUAAUGGUGCUUUUGGGGUAGUAAGAAAAGGCUGGUAUAUGAAAACUAAAGAAAAAGAAGUAGAAGUUGCUAUUAAAAUGUUAAGAGAAAACCCAACUUCUGAAGAAAUUCAACAAUUUCAACAAGAAAUCCAAUUAAUGAAAGCUGUUCCAGUUCAUCCUAAUCUAGUAUCAAUGAUCGGCUGCGUUACUCAAGGACAGCUUCUUUUAGUUGUAGAGUAUUGUCCAAAAGGCGAUCUUCAAACUUAUUUAAAAGUGGCUGCAGACAAAAUGUUAAAAGCAAAUCUUAUAAAAGGAAAUGAUUAUGUAGAAAAAUCAGUGUUCAACAAGAUGUACGAAUUUGAUCAACUUGAUCUCGAUGAUAUUCCUCAACCCAAAGAUCUUAUUUCUUUCGCUAGGCAAGUUACGUUGGGAAUGGAAUUUCUAUCAUCUUACAAACUAAUUCAUCGUGACCUAGCUGCCAGAAACGUAUUGAUUACCGACGACAACAAAGUGAAAAUAUCCGAUUUCGGGCUAAGCCGUGACGUCUAUUACAAUAACAUGUACUGCAAAUCAUCGGGAGGAAAACUGCCGAUACGUUGGAUGGCUCUGGAAUCCAUGACCCAUCAGAUCUACACGACCCAUAGCGACGUUUGGUCUUUCGGAAUUCUUCUCUGGGAAAUCACCACCUUGGGCGGGACACCGUAUCCUGGAAUACCUACGCAGGAUAUUAUGGGAAUGUUAAAGAAAGGAUAUAGGAUGGCGAAACCUGAUAAUUGCUCUGAUGAAUUAUAUGUCAUAAUGUGUAAAUGUUGGAUUGAAAAACCUACUAGCCGACCUUCGUUUACAGAGUUAAAAAAGAACCUGGAUGAUAUACUUUCUUCGUUCACAGAUUAUUUAAUUUUAGAUCCUUCACUAGCCUACAAAUAUAAAGAUUUUACACUUAAAGAAGAUAAUAUUAGAAGAUAAAGUUGCAUGUUAACCAUUAUAUUUAUAGGUAGUGUUUGAAUCGAAAUUGUAGAUUUUAAAAAGUCAACCAAUCAAUGUUAAAUAUCUUAUAAACAACGGGACCAGACGUAUUGGUAUAUUUUAAGGAUACAGAUUUAAAAAUAAUGGGUUAAUUUUCUUCCUCUUUUUGCAUAAACAUGACUGUCUUUUUAUUCAAUUUAUCUCCAAUAAGUUGUCGUUCUUGCCUUCCUACUGGGGAACCGUUUCUCGCUGUCUUCACUACUCUGUUUGUUGUUUCUUACCCAGUUAUUUAAUCUCCAUCUUGCAUCUCCGUCGUAUAUCUGUACUUCUAGCUCUCUUCCAUAGUGUCUGACCAUAAUUUUUUCUAAGCGAUUUGAAGCGUCAUGAAACGUUUCCAUUUACUCCUUAAUAAAUUUAUCCGUUUAUUGGAAUACGUAUUCAUAAAACAAUACCGCUUAUUAGAAUAUUUUUCAGGUCAACGAAAAAAUUUUUACGUAUAAUUUCGAAUUUCUUAAAAAAUUAAAUUAUGUCUUGUAUUAUAAUUUCUCACCAAGGGCUUCGAAGGCCUGUAGGGCUGUUAUUUAUAUUAUUUGGGUUUGUCAGAUAGGUAAUAGAUAUUACGUAAGGCGUAGAAAAAUUCUGAAUACACGAGGAGAACGAGCGGCAAAUUUCAUCGAAGAAAAGUGCAACAGUUUAACUUUUGAGCUCAAAUUUCAUAAAAUAUGAAUUUUUUAAUUUUACGAAAGGACAUAUCUUAUGGAAAAUAUGUCACUCAAAUUUAAUAAAAUUUAUAUGAAUAGAUUCGUUUUAAAUUAACGGUCAAUUGUUAUCAUUGCGCCAACUCUUAAUUAUGAUUAAUUACGGAGCAAAUUGCAAUUAAAGUUUAUCGAAAUCACAUUUUUGGAGUUCAUAAAUGUGUCAGUUACAAUCACUAUUGUUCUGGGUGCUAUUCAAAACAGCUUAAACCCCGCUGGGCCUAAGCGGAUUAGUGAAACUAAUCCGCUGAUUUAUGGAGUACCGAUAAUUUGGGUAUUUUAAAAUAUUUUUUCUCUCUCUAACUUAUGCACGUACCCAUUUGAUUUCAGAUUUAUUUAUAUCAAUUUCUGCACUUAUUAUUUAAAAUACAGAGUUGGCGCAAUGAUAAGAAUUGGCCGUUAAUUUGAAGCGAGUCAUAUAAAUUUUAUUGAAUUUGAGUGACAUUAUAUUUUCCAUAAGAUGUGUUCGGUGUCCUUUUCAAAAAAUCGGCAUCAACAAACGAAGUUUUUCCCACGAAUCACAAUCCGUAUAAAAAUUUUAAACACACGUAAUUAUAAUGUAAGUACAAGUGUCUACCGCAGCUUACAAUUGUUGCACUUUUAACACAAUAAUACGUGGCACGCAUUGUGUUAAAAGUGCAACAGUAUGUGUUUGAAUUUCUGAGAGAGAAGGUUUGGUCAUAUCAAAAGAAUGUUAUAUAUGUUUCAUAUCUCUCAAUGCUACUCACUGUUUUGCCGACUUAAUAGUGGAAGAAUAUGUGUUUGAAUUCGCGAGGGAGAUAGUUUGGACAUAAUAUGUCCUGUUAUGAGUACCAAUUCAUUCGUUUACCGAUAAAUUCGGUCGUAAAAUAAUUUCCUUUUUCUAGAAACUAUACAUAUUGCCACCCAGUUGCCUGUUAUAAAUUUUUUAAGAAACAUUUCGCCCAUCCUAAUUUCUUGUAAAGUUAAAACGCUUUUGGAAUGGCCAAACCAUUGUAAAUUUUUCUAAUUUUUAUAAUUCAGAGCAACAAAAGUGACUAGUAUUUUAUGUAACAAAAAAACAAGCUACAAUUACCGAUUAUUUUUCAAGACUAAAUAAGUAAUUUUCUUAUUAAGUAUUAUGUAUUUAAUACGAAAAUAUUUACAUAAUCUAUAUAUUGUCAUUUCAUACUAAUUACUGUAUGCAUCCACAUAAUAUAAUGUAAUUUGGUUUUUUAAUAAAUACGUUACGCUAUUGUAUUAUUGACAUAAAAAGACCUAAAACCAUAUAGGUACAUAUACAUAUUAACAUAGUAUGUACUAUUAUUACGUAUAUUCGGUACACUUAUUACGGCUAGCCACCAAUGAUGGGUUAUUAGAAUAUCUAGGUUAUAAGAAUAUUUUUGCUUGGCACGAAGGCUAUUUCAAUAAGCGGAUUCGACUGUAUAACCAUGCAUAUUAUCUUUUUUAGGAAAAUUAACAUCGUUACUUUGAGAAAUUAGUAUUGCGUUGUCUGCAUAGUAAAUUAUUUUAAGUGUUUUUCUCCCCCUGUUUUAUCACAUUGGUUUAGUCAGCUCUUCUUUUAUUUUUGCAUUUAUUGUAUUGUUCUGGUAGAUAUUUUCGAUCGUUGUGAUUAUACCUAUCUCGUGCGUACAACAAGUGUAUUCGUUUGUAGUGGUUAUAUACCUGUUUUGUUCUGUAUUGGUAAAAUACUUUCUUCUUUGCUUCACAUUUUAUCUUCACUUCCUCUUUAAACCACGGGGUUUUCUUUUUUGAUAUGUCAGAGUUACCAUUCCCAUCAAAAGUUAAGAAAUUCCUGCUAAAUAGGACUUUCAGUGCCAAUAAAGUAGAGAGAGAGAGAACUUAAAUGUAGUGUUGAGUCCAAACGAGGCUUAGUUAUUUUUCCUUCCUUACGAUAUUCUUGGAAAAAAUUUAAUAUGUAUAGCUACAGUACCAGUAUGUUUACGUCUCUUCUAUGUAAUAAAUGUAUAACUGUGGGUUAAAAAAACGGCGUAUUUCUUAAUUUUAAAACUAUAUUUUGUACAAAUAAA